CGAAAAUUUCUUCUUCAGUAAAAGAAGUGAAGGCUGGGGCCGUCGUGUCGCACUUUCGAAAACCAUCGAAAUUCCAACAAGAAAAAUGUUAGACGACCAGAGCUUUCUGUAUUUGAUUAGUGUGAUUAUAGCCGCCAUAGUCUAGUAAGGUACCAUUGUGUAAUAGAAACAAUAUUAACAUUACCCGCGUUUAUUUAUGCAUUAUUAAAAUUUUAUCGCGGUUUUUAUCAGUUUGAAAAUGUGUGACCAACUUACGUGUACUAUUGCUGUACGUUAUUGAAAUUUAGUUUGAAACAAAUGUAUAAGUAGGUUGUAAAAAAAAAUGGAUACUAAAAACCGGAAACGAGCGCACCCUAAAAGUGCAACGGAUACCCUGAGGAGUGUCAAAGGUACGAAACAGUUAAGAGAACAAUUAAAGCCCACGUUUACGAAAAAAUUGUUUUGCGUCCUAAGUCAUUUGUUCGGGAGCGAAUGCAGUCAAAAUGCCGAUGUGGGAACCGAUAGUUUUAUCAGAAGUGCAAAAAGUAUUGGCGCAGAAAAUUCUUCGCAGAAUCAUCGUAAAGAUGACAAGCCAAACUCAAAAACAACCAAAAAUAGCGGAAAACAACACGAAACCGAGUUACUGCAAGCCAUACAGCAACAGUGGACUCUGCUUAAUUCAGAAAACGCAUCCAGACCUAAGAAAAGCCUUUUUUGGGCGUAUUUUUGUUGGUUAUUCGGCGGUGUUUUCGGACUCCACUUAUUUUAUUUGGAACGAGAUGCACACGCAUUCUUGACCGGAAGUACUUUGGGGGGCUACGGCCUAGGAUGGUUAGCGGACAUCACUAAAAUUCCCAGAUAUGUACGGGACUGCAAUAACGAUCCACACUUUCUGGAAGAACUCAUUUUUAAAAUGAGGAAAAAUCGAAAACCACCGUUUUCAACCAGCAGAUUCAUCUCGGCUGUAAUGGUCGGUUAUCUCUGGGGCCAGUUAAUUUUCUUAGCAAUUCCUCAAGAUGAACUAUAUGGUAUAAACUGGAAUACCUACCUGCACUGGUUCAUACCUCUGGGAGUCGCUUUAGGUGUAUGGGUGGUAGGAAAUAUUGGGAGAGAACAAGGAAAACCAUGGCUCACAAUCCUCGUCUCCUACGUAUCAUACUUGUCCAGAUGGUACUUUUAUGACGACAGCGUUUGGUUGUCAAUUGUAAUGUUUUCCGCAGCAUUUACUUUUGACACUUGGUCAAAAGAAUGGCGAAGGACUCCUAAAAAGAAAAAGCCUCUAUGGAAGAGAUUGACCACUUUAGGACUUUGCACUAUCCUCUACCUAAGCCUCUGGUCAUCAUACAUUUACUUUAAUGGAAAAAUAACUGAUUCCAAUGGAGAUGAAAUACCAGUACAUGAAGCCAUACAUCACUUUUUCACUAGUUCCUGGUGGACUGAUUUUAAACAAUCUUUAUAUGAUAUUUAUUUAUAUGCUCAGCAUCACGGAUGGUAUGAAAUUUGGAAACAAGUUAUAGAUCUUUCCGAUCCGCAAGGGGAACAGAAUGCUUAUAAAGUUUUGGGAGUAAGUCCCACCGCAAGUCAACAAGAAAUUACUUCCAGAUGGCGCACAUUGAGCAGAGAAAAUCAUCCAGAUAAAUGCAAGGAUCCGGAUAAGCUGAGAGACGCGCAGGAAAAGUUUAUGGAGAUUCAGCAAGCGUAUGACAUUCUAUCGAAUAUUAAGAGUAAAAGGAGACGGAAAAAUAAAAAAUCGGUUAAAGAAGAUGAACAUGAAUUAUAAUUUAUUUUUUUCUUUAGGACUUUUAUACAAUUAUUUCGGUUUUAAUAUAAUUUAUUAUACUGUAUAUAAAUUUAAUACAUGCGUAGAUACCAAUAAACUAGAUGAUUUAUUAAAAAUUAUAUGCAAAUAAAAUAAACUGCAAAUUGUAAAUGAAUAAAAGAAUUAUUUUUUA